CUCAAACGUGCUAAUGCAAGAAGCCAAUCGACUGCAAAAAGCCCUCAAGGCAGGCCGGCCGGCCUAUGGAGGAUGGCAGAUGCUGCCCGGCACGAACCUCACUCGCGUAAUGUGCCGUUCAGCAAGAAACAUGGAUUGGUUGCUGGUUGACCUGGAACAUGGGAACAUCUCCGACGACUCGAUGCAUGAGAUUGUCGCCGCCGCCGCCGCCUGCGGGGUGUCCCCCAUUGUCCGCGUUCUCGAGGGGCAGCACUGUAUGAUCAAACGGGCGCUAGAUUCGGGCGCCCACGGCAUCCUUGUCCCCAUGCUGGAGACGGUGCAGGAUGCAGAAAACGUUGUCCGAGCCUCCAAGUUCCCCCCACUGGGCACCCGGGGGUUCGAGCCGCUGCUCGCCGUGGACAAGUUUGUCGAGCAGCACCCUCAUGGUGGCGAGGUGCGGGAGCUCAGUGGCAAAGAAUACCUGGAACAAGCCAACAGCUCGCUGGUCAUCGCCGUGCAGAUUGAAACCAAGUCUGCUCUGGACAAUGUCAAGGAAAUCGCCAAGGUUCCCGGGAUCGAUGUCCUGUUUGUAGGGCCCUUUGACCUGGGCGUCAGUAUCGGACACCCCAUCGUCAGAGGCCAGAUGGACGAGACGCUGGUGGGCGCCAUCCAGUCGGUGCAAGAGGCGGCACAGGCGGCGGGCAUUGCCGCUGGCAUUUAUUGCGAUAGUGGCGAAGAUGCAAAGGCAUGGGCGAGUAAAGGCUUCUUGAUGAACAGCGUGGUGACCGACAUGAUUGGAUUGCGGCAAGUGGUCAGUCAAUUAUUCAGUGCUAUAUAACUUACUAUACUACAAC